AUGGCUCAAAGGAAACUAAACUUUGGUGCAGGGCCAGCCAAAUUGCCUGAAAGUGUAAGUUAUUCACAUUGGAUGGGAGAAUUUAGGUAAAAAUUAUAUCAGAAAUGAGUUCAAAUUGUAUUUCCUCUUACUUUAGGUGCUUCAACUUGCCCAGAAAGAGUUGUUGGAUUUCAAUGGAAUGGGUUUAAGUAUUUUGGGUAAGAGAUUCCUAAAGUAAUAUUGAUCUUUCUUAGAAAUGAGCCAUCGAAGCCCUGAAUUCAAAAAAAUUAUUACUGAUGCCAUCCAACUUCUCAGAGAGCUGCUGUAAGAUUUCGUAUUUACACCGUCUAUUAUCAAUUAAAUGUUUUUUUCAGGUCGAUUCCAGACAAUUACGAAGUGUUAUUCAUGCAUGGAGGAGGAAGCGGUCAGUUCGCGGCUAUUCCCCUUAACCUCCGCGCCUUAUCAAAAUCGACACCCCCUUCAGCUGAUUAUUUGGUGACUGGCGCCUGGAGUCAAAAGGCUGCUAAGGAAGCGGAGAAGUAUGUAAAGGUGAAUAAGGUCACUGAAAACAAAUCUCAUGACCUUAUUCCACCUUACUCUGAAUGGAAGGUGAAUCCGGAUGCCGCGUAUUUGUGGUAUUGUGCCAAUGAAACGAUCCAUGGGGUCGAAUUCAAGGAGACUCCCAAAGUGCCUGAAGGCGUUAAUCUAGUGGCAGAUAUCAGCUCAAAUAUUCUCAGUAGAUCCAUUGAUGUGGCCAAGGUAACAAUCUCUGUUCUUACGCUGACUAACACUGCCAAUCACAGCAUGCUGUUAUUAUUGCUGGUACCCAGAAGAACCUCGGGAUUGGAGGUCUAACAAUCGUGAUCAUCAGAAAGGAUUUGAUCGGCCAUCAAGAUGUCCAAACUCCCGGUAUCCUUAGUUAUGCUGACAUCCACAAGAACGAAUCCCUGUACAAUACGCCAUGUGUUUUUGCGUAGGCCUAUAACCGUGCGUUUAAUACAAAGUUUCAGUGUUUAUAUUACCAAAUUGGUUUUGGAAUGGAUUAAGAAAAAUGGAGGAUUGGCCGGAAUGGAACAUAAUGCCGAAUACAAGUCUAGAGCCAUCUAUGAUGUCAUCGAUAACUCAAACGGCUUCUUCAGUUCCCCUGUAGAGAAAAGUGUAAGAAGUCGGAUGAACAUCCCGUUUAGAAUAAAUGAAGGAGACGAGAAAUUGGAAGAAAAAUUCUUGGCAGAAGCGAAGGCCCAAGGAAUGAUCUCUUUGAAAGGACACAGGUCUGUCGGUGGAAUCAGGGCUUCCCUUUACAACGCUGUCACCAGGAAGGAAGCAGAUACGUUGGCCCAGUUGAUGAAAAACUUCCAAGCUAAAAGCCAAAUAUAUUAA